GGUGUUAAGAACUCUAUAAAAGGCCGAGGUGGGCCUUUUAAAUGUUAGUUGACUUUUUUAAGUUAUAGUGACGGGGAACCUCUUUCAAAAUGCGAGGACUUUCAAGUUCUUUGAUCCUUCAGGCCUGUCUGCUGGUCCUGAUGGUCGGUCUGAGCACUCAAACGCAGUUUUUCAAUUCCACUCAGGACGUCUGCCGCCUUUUUAAGGAUGGAACGGUACUGCGAAAGCCUGGAACCUGCAAUGAAUGGAUUGAGUGCAAAAACUUUGUCACCGCUGAGACCGGAACCUGUCCUGAAAAAUCGCCGUACUUCAGUCUUACCAAUAACAAAUGCUAUUCGAAAUCGGACACCAGUUACUGCGACACAAGUAAGUUAUGCACGGCAUCGACAAAGGGCUAUGUUGGAGAUACCUUGAACUGCGCCAAUUGGUUCCUCUGCGAUGGAAAGGUUUUAAAGGGCCAGGGAGCUUGCCCCUCAGGCAUGUACUUUGAUCAAGAGAAGCAGAUGUGUGUCUACGCCGAGAACACUGUUUGCACCGCCACCUUCGAGUGGUGCGACAUUGUGCCUGUGACCAAAGUGGCAUUCCGCGACGAAGCCAACUGCAACAAAUACUUCACCUGCACCAAGAAAUUCGUCCUGGAGCCGCACACCUGCGAAACUGGCAAAUACUUCGACGUGGCCACAGGUACUUGCAUCGACAGCAAGCUCGUCGUCUGCGAUAGCCAUCCAUUGCCGGAGAACGUAUGCGGCACCAAGAAACUGGCCGUGCGCAACAAGUUCGUCUCGGACGGGGCCACCUGUCGUGGCUACUACUACUGCCGGGACCUGGGCUCCGGCGUCCCCGAUCCCGACCCCAUUUUCCAGCAGUGCAACGAGGAGACCUUCUUCAACCAAGAGCGACAGGGGUGUAUGCCCCGCGAGAGCCAGAAGUGCACCUUCGAUCGGUGCGAUGGCCGCCAGGAUGGCUUCGAGGUGACCGAGACGGACGGAUGCCACAACUACGUCGAGUGCGUCGAUGGCCGGGAGGGUACCGUCUUCAGCUGCGAGAAUGAGUACUUUAAUGUUGCCACCCAGAAGUGCACCGCGACUAAAACAUCCUACGCAGCAUGUAGUGCUUAGUGGCCAAGGCCAUGCCAUCUAUUUGAUAAAAUAUAAUUACUUGCAACCAAAAAACGUACUUU